CACAAGCCCGGACAGAGGGAGGCACAGUUGGUUUGUGGAUUGGGCAACGGGCAAUAUGAAAACUGUCGUAAUCCUAGCGGGGCUGGUGGCCCUGGCACUCAGCAGUGCUGUACCACCUCCCAAGUAUCAGCACCAUUAUAAGACCAGUCCGGUGGACGCCAUAUUUGUAGAAAAACAAAAGAAAGUUUUUUCUCUUUUCAAAAAUGUAAACCAACUCGACUACGAGGCUGAGUAUUACAAAAUCGGCAAGGACUAUGACGUUGAAGCUAACAUUGACAACUACUCGAACAAGAAAGUAGUCGAAGACUUCUUGCUGCUAUACAGAACUGGCUUCAUGCCGAAGGGCUUUGAAUUCUCUAUUUUCUACGAAAGAAUGAGGGAGGAAGCCAUCGCUCUUUUCGAGUUGUUCUACUACGCUAAGGACUUCGAAACUUUCUACAAGACAGCUAGCUUCGCCCGUGUUCACGUUAACGAGGGCAUGUUCUUGUAUGCAUACUACAUUGCGGUCAUCCAACGUAUGGACACUAAUGGUUUAGUUCUCCCAGCGCCUUACGAAGUCUACCCACAAUACUUCACCAACAUGGAAGUCCUAUUCAAGGUCGACCGUAUAAAGAUGCAGGACGGUUUCCUUAACAAGGAUCUCGCCGCGUACUACGGCAUGUAUCAUGAAAAUGACAACUAUGUAUUUUAUGCCAAUUACUCCAACUCUCUCAGCUACCCCAACGAGGAGGAAAGGAUUGCAUACUUCUACGAGGACAUUGGUCUAAACUCGUACUACUACUACUUCCACAUGCACUUGCCUUUCUGGUGGAACUCGGAGAAAUACGGCCCAUUCAAGGAACGUCGUGGUGAAAUCUACUACUACUUCUAUCAGCAAUUGAUCGCCCGUUACUACCUGGAGCGUCUUACUAACGGCUUGGGUGAAAUUCCUGAAUUCUCCUGGUACUCUCCAGUGAAGACCGGCUACUACCCCAUGCUCUACGGUUCCUACUAUCCAUUUGCUCAAAGGCCCAACUAUUACGAUAUUCACAAUGACAAGAACUACGAGCAAAUCCGUUUCUUAGACAUGUUUGAAAUGACCUUCUUGCAAUACCUGCAGAAGGGACACUUCAAGGCUUUCGACAAAGAAAUUAACUUCCAUGACGUAAAGGCUGUUAACUUCGUGGGCAACUACUGGCAGGCUAAUGCUGACUUAUACAACGAAGAAGUUACCAAACUCUACCAACGUUCCUAUGAAAUCAAUGCUCGUCAUGUACUUGGUGCUGCUCCUAAACCUUUCAACAAGUAUAGCUUCAUUCCAAGUGCACUUGACUUCUACCAAACUUCGCUGCGUGACCCUGUCUUCUACCAGCUCUACGACAGGAUCAUUAACUACAUCAACGAAUUCAAACAAUACUUACAGCCCUACAACCAAAACGAUUUGCACUUCGUUGGUGUAAAGAUUAGCGACGUCAAAGUAGACAAAUUGGCCACAUACUUCGAAUAUUACGACUUUGACGUCAGCAACAGCGUAUUUGUAAGCAAGAAGGACAUCAAGAACUUCCCCUACGGUUACAAGGUCCGUCAGCCCCGCCUUAAUCACAAACCAUUCUCUGUCUCCAUCGGCGUCAAAUCUGAUGUUGCUGUUGAUGCAGUUUUCAAGAUUUUCUUAGGUCCUAAAUACGACAGCAAUGGCUUCCCAAUUCCAUUGGCUAAGAACUGGAAUAAAUUCUACGAACUGGAUUGGUUCGUGCACAAGGUCAUGCCUGGGCAGAACCACAUCGUCCGCCAGUCCAGUGACUUCCUAUUCUUUAAGGAGGACUCUCUGCCCAUGUCUGAGAUCUACAAACUGCUUGACGAAGGCAAAAUACCCUCUGACAUGUCAAACUCAUCCGACACGCUGCCUCAGAGAUUGAUGCUGCCAAGAGGUACCAAGGACGGUUAUCCAUUCCAAUUGUUCGUGUUCGUGUACCCGUACCAGGCUGUGCCUAAGGAGAUGGAGCCAUUCAAGUCGAUUGUGCCAGACAGCAAGCCUUUCGGAUAUCCGUUCGACCGCCCCGUCCACCCUGAAUACUUCAAGCAGCCCAACAUGCACUUCGAGGAUGUGCACGUUUACCACGAGGGAGAACAGUUCCCGUACAAGUUCAACGUUCCUUUUUACGUUCCGCAAAAGGUUGAGGUUUGAACGUUAAUUUAGAAUAGCUUGAAAGUAUCGUGUCUUUUAAUUACAACUUGGAUAUGUAUAUAAUUUAAAUGGACAAAGAAAUAUAUGUAUAAUUUAUGAACA